AUGGCAGAUUCACUCACUGGAUUCCUCGCUCAACCGGUAGCAAUGGCAUCGUUCGCUGCUAAAUUACGAAGACAAUUUUCAACUGCUUGUCAGUUGGAUGUCUUGAAGGAGUGCCUGGGUUGGUUGUUCAGUGGAAUGUCCGUCAGCAUUUUAGCUUUGCUGAGUGUUGAACGGUAUCUUGUGCUUCGUUUAGGAACACGCCAUCGUUCAGUGGUCACAGUCAAACGUGUUUUCAUGGCGGUGACUAGUUUCUGGUUGUCGUUGGUAACAUUGGAAAUUCUUCGCUUCGUUAGUUUGGACAACAAGACAUUUACAGCCAUCCAUGUUCCAUUCAUGUUUUUAAGCCUCGUGAUUCUUACAGCGACUUACUAUCAAAUCCAUCGUUAUAUAAAACAACAGAGUCUUAAGCUAACUCCGGCAGAUAAUCGACACGCUCAGAGCUUUGACCUUGCAAAGUACAAGAAAAUCACUCUGGCUGUUCUCUACAUUGUGUGUUUUUACUGGAUUUUUUUUGCACCAUUUGUGUGCGUUCUUGUGGCUUAUCUCAUUCUCGGUUUCUCCAAAACUGUAGAAGGAGCUUAUUACAUCACCACAACUCUUAUUCUGGCAAAUGCUGCUAUAAACCCAUUUUUGUAUUGCUGGAAGUUGAGAGCUCUUAGGAAAGCCGUGUUGAUAAAUUUGAAAUCGAGGCUCCACCUAGACUAA